UCCAAAUAUCCUAUUAAACCAAACUUAAUUUAGGGAAAUGUUAUGUACAUCAUGUUGGCAACACCACCCCAGGGUUUUGUUUACUUUUCAAUUUCAAACAAAUGGAUCCUAACCUACAAAAUGGGGAAUUUAAAAAAGUGUCUUAUAAAAAAAGGGGAAAACCCUCAAAUUCUGUUAUUAAGGGCCUAAACCAGUUAUUAGAAAUAAUAGAUGAAUCCUUCAAUCUCGAUUUAAAUAUACGGCGCAUAAAAGAAGCCAAAGAAGAGCUUCAUUCGGCAGACCUUUAUCAGUCAGUUACAGCCCUUUUGAAGGAGGGUAUAGGACACUUAAACAACCCAAAAAUUUCAAAAAUCAUCAGUCUUGGCUUAGGGAGAAUUCACGAUUCAACUAUCGCAAGGUACCAAUUUGCUUUACUUCUAUGCCUGCGAGACUUAACUGAUGCAGAUAUAGUUGCCUCCGAUCCAGUAUUUAAUAAGCACGACAUUUCAAUUUUGGAAUAUUUCGAUGUUGUUGUUGAUAAAAACAAUCAGGAAGGUAAAUAUUGUGUUAAAGAGGAAGUGGUGCUUUUUUACUUACCUCACUGCCCCAAACAGUUGACCAACAAUUUACUUUGGAGCAACUGGGGGCUUCACCUUAGUAAUUGUAUAAUCAUUUGCAAUAGUAUUAAUAAAAUCGUCGAGGAUAAUACUAAAAAGGACUUGACUAGGUGUGCAUACUUUUUAAAUCAAAUUUGUCCAUAUGUGUGCGAGUUAGGGGUGGUAAACAGCUUUAGACUGUUUGAGGUUUUUAACGAUACGUCUAUACAUGUUUUUCCUAUUGAUAAACUGAAACUUUUGGGAGUGGAUUUUUGGAAUGUUUUUGCCGAACCUGUGUAUAGUGAUAAUGAUAUAGAGUUUGUAAAAGGGGCUAAUAAAUAGGGUAUUUUUUUA